UACCGGGGACGACGUCCCGAGAACGUCACACCCGGGCCUAUUUCCGGCUCACACAUAAUAGCCGGCUCCCUAUAGAGGUUUGGUCUUUCAGUCUAAAAAAAAGAGAGAGAAACAUGUUUUCUGAUGCGCUCGAAUUAUAACAUAAAGCUAAAACACCCGAAGCUCAUGUAUACACCAUAGUUCGCGUAUUUUUCUAUAGCGUUAACUUUGAAAACUUAAGUUGGUUGAAUACCACACCUGUGCCAGGUGGAAGGCCUUAAAGAAAUAGAACUGCUCGAUCACUACUCUUUCAUGCACUCCUGCGAUGUAGCUGAUCUUCUGCAGGCAUUGCAUGUGUAGCGUCUAGUUGCUUAAUUAGUGUGUAUCACGUGGCGUUGAGCUGCGAACAAUCGCGGUGAACACUGUGCAGCUGCUUCUUUGCUGAAUCCUACUUGCGUUCAGUUGUAUCUGUAAAGAAAAUAUGGCUACCUUCGUUACUUAUUGCGGUAUUACAUGGCAGCUUACGUUACAGAUGACAGUUGCAAUAAAGCAUGAGAACUCCCACAGCGAAUUUACACGGCACAUUACAAGCGUGGAAAGCCACUGGGUCGCAUCAACGAACAAGUGAUUAGUAAAACAUCCAGACUAAAUCCUACACCGGGAUUCGGUGUUCGAAUAAUGUUUCCAACGACAUCUGAAAAAAGUGCUGGCUGAGACAUCCAUAGGACCUCUUUCGGUAUUUCAUUUGGCAGAUUUUUUGGGAUCAUUUUGGCAUGUCCUUAGGAUGGUCUGCAACAUCCAGACAGGAAUAUCCAUUAGACAUCCACAGGAUGUCUCUGUGUCGUCUGUGUGCAGACUGACGUCCUCAGUCCUUGAAUCACAUCGUAAACAGUACUGCAACCCAGGGAGCACAACUACUCGGUACCAAGUAUCUCUUUUCAGCCAAUACAGCACUUGCUUGGAUGAGAUGACAACGCUUGGCAGAUUGCUCUUCGCGUAUAGACUAUAGCCACUCAACGUUCCAUAGUGCAUGCUAUGCGAAAUACAGUGAUAGAGUUAAAUACAUCUAAAAUGUGAAAGUUAGAUUCUCCUGAAUAGCCAUACCACGCGUACGUCUGCACGACAGUCCUUUCUUUAAGGAAAAACACGACAGGCUGGUGUGUUUAACGAGGUUGAAAGAGAGGUAUAUAGAUGGUACGAGUACACGCCCGACCGAUCUGCAAAAGGUCACCGAAGCGACCGAGCAAACCGAUUCCUAUGGAGAAGAGGCCCUAUCGGUGCCCUUCCUUGGAGCCUUCUUUGCCGCCGGCAAUUCAUGGGGAGGGGGUGCCUACCGAAAAACUCGAAACACCGGGGGUGCCCCAAUCUAUAAGCGGUGGGAGAAAGUGGUUCCUUCUCCAUGCCAAAGACCGGAGAAGGGAGGGGAAUAGGCGAGUGAAAGUAACGCGGCCGUUACGGAGAGCAGCCGAAACGAUGUGACCUACAUAUGGCGGCAACGACGGUGGGUCUUCCGGACCUCACCGGGCCCACUCCCUCUCGCCCGCACCGCCGCCGCUUCCUUGCCGACUUUCUUUUUCCCGAAGUAGACUGGGCGCUCUGCAAGCCGUCGUCAACCGCGAUCUUAGCCGACCGAGAAGCAGAGAGAGCGAGGGGAGUGCAUGCACACAUACACACCACACUCACAGAAAUUCGUGCGGGUCAACCCCCCCGUUACAACUCGUGCGCAAAACUAGCGGCGACGUCACGCUGUUGUUGCCGUUGGCCCCAUCGUCGCUCGACCGUCGUCUGCUUGAUCGCCGUGAGCAGACGACGUCCUCCGCCUUGCGUCGGAGUGUCGUCUGCUUCGUCUUCACUCUGAGCACACCCGACGCCGACUGCGGGCCGCUUGGAAAAUUUGGAAACCGAAACCGGAAGCCGGAGGACGGAAGCAGUUGGGCCUCCCCACCCCCUCUGACCACUCUUACUUCCCUGCCAGACGACGUCGGGCAUCCAUCGGCGAGCCACGGCAAACCACGUCCUCUUCCUGCCACGGGACAUCGCGGGAACAGAUGGUGGACUGAACGUCUACCGGUGUUGUGAUCGUCUGUGGGUGUGCCUAGCGUCGUCUGGAAGUUGUGAUUUCGUCUGCUUUCGAACUUCGAUCUCUGUCGGUCUCUCGGACUGCGGGACGUGAGUCACGUGAUUGACAUCGCGCGCAGUUCGGCGGGUGCGUGGACGGACGGAAGGGGACGUUUCGGCUAAAAGAAGAGAGAUCGGUUUGUUUGUACAGUGAUGAGGAGGUAGCCCAGCGGAUUGCUGCCGAAAUGUUUUCGAAAGAAGUCUGCAUAGCCGUCAUGGCGCUGUGCGCCGUGAAACUGGUGACGUCUGGUGACGAGGUGGUCCUACCGUCGUCUUCGUCUGGUGUGAACAUAACUGGCAACAUGCGCUCGAUGGACGAGGACCAGGUGAUGUCGCUGCACGAGCUGCUCAAGAGGAAGUUGGAACGCACCCGCGGCCUGGUCAGCCUGGGCAUGGACCCGUUCCAGGCGGGGUCCAUGGGAUUCCUAAUACAGGAGCCGGGAGCCUACAUCAACGUCUCGCUCACGAAGGUCGCCGUGACGGGGCUGUCGAACUUCACCAUCCGUGACGUGGCUACCAACAACGCCGCCAUGCGCGCCAGUGUGCUCAUGAUCAUGCCCCGAUUGGAGAUACGGUGCGCCUAUCGCGUCAAGGGCUACAUCAGCGGCGAAGGCGAGAAGGGGUCCCGCGUGGUCGACGAAAGCGGCCAGUUCGAGGCGGUGCUAGGUCGCGCCGCCAUGUCCUGGUUCGCCCGGGUGCUGCACGUCGACAAGGACGACCUGCUGGUGGCCCAGACGGGCCUGAGGACCCACGUCGACGAGGUGACCAGGCGGUUCCUGCAGACGGCCAAGGUCGGGACCCGACCACCGUCCGAGAACCAGGACGACGUCAUGGACGUGGUCGGCUUCAGCAUCGUGGACCACGUGCGCCAGAUGGUCGAGGACAAGCUCAACAGGGUCAUCACCAAGGCGGUGUCCACGAGGCCCGCCGAGGUGCAGGACCUGCUCGAGUCGUUGGUCGUGCCGACACCGCACUCGGAGGUGCCACGCACCUUCUCCCCCCACGGGCACCGCAUCAGCAAGCGCCAGGUUCCCUGCAACAACGGCACCGAUCUGGACGACUACGUCGACUACCUGUUCCGAUUCGCCACGCGUCUCAUCCGCGCCAUGGAGCCCAUCCAAGGACCCAACUUCACCAUCUACAUCGAGGAGCAUCUCCAGGUCUUCCUCUACGACGUCCAGGCGCGCAACGUGUACACGCUGUCCCGCCGCAAGCCGGCCUACGUCAUCUGCCGCAACGGUGACGUCACCGUGGGCCUGGUCAUCCUCCUGGACAACAUCAUGGCGACGGCCAAGUACCGCGUGCUCACCGACCACCGGCACCUGCUGUACAACGGCGACGCGGACAUCAAGCUCUCGGGCACCGUCGUCUGGAUCCAGAUCUCGCAGCUUGCGAACGGCAACAACCGGCUGGACGUGGUGCGGAUAUGGAGGAUGGGCAAGGCCCAGGUGUUGCUCAAGGGACUCGGCAAUCUCACGUCGGCCAUAUCCAUGUUACUCACCAGCAUACUGAACCACGACCCGUGGAACGUGAUACCCGUGGCCGAAGCGCAGGCCAUAACGUUCGGCAGGGAGAUGCUGGCCAACAUCACUGUGCCCAUAUUCUCGCUCGUCUGAGGGGGCGCCACCGUUUGUUUCUCGCCUCUGUACUUCCGGAAGCCGGUUGACCCGUCUCACCACUAAGUGGACGUGUACUCUCGUCGAAACACUUCCGUUAAUGCGUCCAAUAAUUCUAUACAGACCUCCCCAACGAGGGUUCUCUUGGAGUUGCCAUAAUGUCCUCUGGACCUUUGCGAGUCCACAUGAUCAACCGCUCAAAAGCACUAGGGACAAUGGCAACACGUGCACUUUAUAAGCAUGCUCAACAGUCCGAAAAAGAAGGUGUUAUCAAGCCACGAUGGAAAGGCUUUAUAUCGUACACGUGCUUCCAUAGGAAAACGGAACGGAUAAUGUACUUCCUAAAAUUUCCCGUUAUUAUUUGUAUGAGAAUUGAGCGAGGGGCGUAUGGAAUUAUUGGACUGCAUAUUACUACAUUGUUUCACUAAAGGCAUCCACUUUGGCGAGUGUGCUAAAAAAGCAGCUGCUGUAGUAUGCCCCUGGUAUAACGAGUACUUACUAUGUACCUCGCCAAUGAGAAUCUUUGCCUGCUGUCGACAUGACGUCUCACGUAAGUGAAUUCCAGAUAUAGACGCACGUUUCUGCCGCUGGCGCAGACGUCGUGGUGUAAGACUUUGUCGGUGUUUCUGGCAAGAGCCAGACGUACCAGAUGAUUCCAGACGUACCAGACGUUUCCAGAUGGAUGCAGCGCGUCAGCUGCCUGUUGAUGUGUGCCAAACCCGUGGGGCCAUUUUCUUUUAGGAGUGCGACUCUCGCGAACCUGUUGCCGUCUACGUUGGCAGUAAGCACCUCGCGUUGCGCUAACCAAAUUAGGGGUCCUUAAUCCAGAACACAUGUUUACGGAAGAAGCGUUCGAGACUCACGUGCGGCGGUAAUCGGGAGUUUCAGACUGCACGUACAUCCAUAAAGUGGCGCUGAUAGCGGCAUCUUGUGGUGUUUUGAUAAUCCACAAUAUGUAAGAAACAUUUUUUUUUUCUUCUGUGUUUCUCGUUUCUCUCGUUCCACGAAAAUAGCCACGUACACUGGUGAUUGUAUUGCUUGUCGAUGCCUAUGUGCUAGCAGAUAAGCGACACGUGGCCUUGUCAUUGUAGUAACAGUUUUGCGAACUCUGGUGUUACGCGGCGUCUCAAGAUGGCGCCACCAGCGCUGCUCCUUACGUUUACAUCUCCUGUCUUCCGUAAAUGGUAAUACGUGUACGCGCAAGAUAAAUCUGUUUUUUUUUAGCCUAUUCUUUAAGUAUAGUCAGAGGGACAAUUACGCACUCGCUUUGCUCAGUGAAACCCUAGAGGUGGCGAUAUGAACUUCGCAUACAGGGUCCUCGAGGAACUUUGCACUGGAAUGGCCAGUCCAGUAAAACUCAGAUCGAGGGUGUCGCAGCUAUAGGUCCCUCCUUUUAGCAUUCGCGACACAGUUUCGUAAAGUUUCGUAAGUUGGCCCUCCCCGGUUCAGAAAGUUUCAGUUCGCUCGCAAUGUUACCACGAUGGGGAAGAAUAUGCGCAACGUUCAAACGGUCAGCCAUUAGCAUGGUUGACCCUGGAGCGGAGCUCUUGUUCGGCUGCGGUUCUUACCAGUUUUCGUGACGUCACCUCAACCUACCGCGCUGCUUCGAUAACAGUGGUGCGCAUCCUCUUUUGCAGUCACGCUGAGCGUGUCACGUGGUUUUUUAGACAAGAAUUCCUAUAGUUAGCGAGGGAGGACAUAGUCGCGACGCUUCAUAAUUAGGGGUCCUUGAAUAGCGAAACUUUGGCAUAGAGUUAGAGAGCGAGAGAUAAAGGAGGAAAUAAAGGCAGGGAGGUUAACCAGACUUUGUCCAAUUUUCUACCCUAUACGUGGAGAGAGGGAUGAGGGAGUGAAAGAGAGAGAGAGAAAGACACGAGACUUGAUCGCACUUUCACAUGCACUAAGCCACAUGCAGCAGGUCUAAAGUCGGGCACUCAAGUGGCUUUCUGGGCUGAUGAGAAUAGAAUACGAAUCCUCAGUCAAGUUAGCAGCUUUUAAAUGAGCAAGGUCAUCCGAAUUUCCUGUUUGGAUUACGGCUGGCCUUUUUUUUAUGCUAUGCUUCUUUCAUGGUAUGCCACGGCCCAAUAAGUGUACUCCUGUAUGUGCGAUCAUAUUCUGUAAUUCGGAGAAAUGAGAUGUUUAAGUUCUGGAAGGAAGUAUUUCGAUUAUUCGCCCCGGCCCCAUACGAAUCGCAGUCCGCAAUGAAGUCGGGAGCUGAUCGAAGUUAGUGGAAAAUUCCUGCCUGCUUCGGUUUCGAGCCUACCCCAUUUAGCUCCCGCCUUGGCUUUGAUGAGGCUAUAGCUGCCAAUAAGCGACACCUACACGUUCGUACAGGUGACAAACCACUGUGCAUGUGUUGCAUAAUAUUCCAGGCUACUUUUCAUAAUCAUCCACAUCUUAUACGGGAGGGCGUAGCGAUGAACGAGCGCCUGCGCUUUGCAGUGAAACGUGCACCGGCGUUGACAGCAUCUAUCCAAGAGGUAGCCAAACGAAUCCGGGUCGUAGCCCGGAUGCGAGAGUGCAUGUGUAUGUGAGCUGAAAGCUCCCACAGUCUUACCUUGUAAACGGGUAUUUGUCGUCAUUGUUUUGUGUUAUGACAAUAAAGCCUGAGGUCGGCUAUUUCUGGAAACUGUCCGAUUCCGCCAUAUUGUCGAAUUCGCCAUCUUCCCAGCUCUGGCUGGCUCAGACUAGCAACGCGUGUCUUCUCUGAUUGGCUCAAAACGCAAAUGUGGUGUAGUUUGACAGUUCCCAGAGUAGUGAUCCAGUGUCAUCGAUACCAUUACACCCGUCAUGACAUAUACUAACGCUUAUAUUCUAAACGAUCGUUCGCAUUGUUGCGAAGACACUGUCACAGUUUAUCGUGAUGUGUAUUGCAAUGCCAUCGUCUGCUUUUUAAUCAUACAAGCAAGCAGACGUCUGCUACGUUCAAGCAGCAUGGGAGAAGGACGACUCUGCGCACCGGACAAAUUUGUAACGGUGCGCACCUUCAUACGUCUGUAAAUAGUGUUAUUGAACAGUGUGCUGCUUGUAUUUUUUUGAGAACUGCUUAUACUACUCAGAUUGCACUUCUGCGACUGAACUUGACCUUCCAAUCCUGAAUCAUCCGCCCAAGGCCUCUGCCAAGCCCCAAGCCAAGCCAAGCGAACCGAUCUUCGACUGUCUGAAAGUGUCCAGCAAUUGGCAAAAAUAAAUAAAUAAAUGCUGACGGCGUAUGUUAACAUGUCUAACAAAUAACACAGAA